UUGUAGCUUAAGUGAGUUUACCCAGGAUCGGAUCCACUCUUUGCGUCCCUGGACUACACCUCUCCGUUCUUCGUGGCCUUUCUCCGCUGGAGAUCUAUUGGCGGAUUAGAUUGUCUGACUGACCGACUGACUACCACCUUUUUGUAUACGACAGACAAUGCAUUUGGUCUUGCCGAGGACUCUCCACAGGACAAAGAGUUCUGCUCAUCUGCUUAGAAGACUCUUCUCCCAAAAGUACUUACCUACUUUAACGCUUUUUACCAAGGAUCCAUGCCCCUUGUGUGAUGAAGCAAAAGAAGUCCUUGAACCAUACAAACACAGGUAUAUUUUUCUGCAGGUAGAUAUCACACUGGCGGAGAACAAAAUUUGGUGGGACAGAUACAAAUACGACAUCCCAGUCUUCCAUCUGAAUGGACAGUUUCUAAUGAUGCACAGAGUUAGCACUUCACUCCUGGAGAAACGGUUGGCUGAAGUGGAUGAAGAACAACAAUAAAAUGACUUUGCAAUUGAGUAGCCUUAAAGCUAGAAUCCAGGUCACCCCACCUGUGUUUUGGUAAAGAGCUGAGGGAUGGGCACUAUAACCACGCUCAAAUUCAUGGACAGAGAUAUGGAUGCAAGGUCAGACCAUGCAUGAUAUUAAAAUGAUAGUUUUAACCAUU